UUUACUACAAAGCCGCGUGUAGUAAAACAGAGUACCGCGUGUGACCUGUGAGUUCAAUAAAAAAUAUUAAAAUGAAAGUGAAGAAGGCUGUGAAAAAGGCUGUCCGAACGCCGGAAUCCUCGGACUCUGAUUCGGAGUAUAAUUCAUCGGACGAAGAGCUACGAGAAGCUUACGCGAAGGGUUUACUGAAACCAGGUCUCAACGUCGUAGUCGAGGAAAACAAGAAAACUCACAAAAAUUGCGUGAAUCUUAUGAAACAAAAACUGGAGACGAUUAAACUGAAUUUACCAUGGGUGGAAAGGCUAGACAUGGUCAACGCGCCAGCACCGUUAGCGCCAGAGUUAGCGUUGCAAAUGCAAGAUCAGGAAGUGAGAAGAGCAAAGCAGUUGAAGGGGAAUAAAAAAUUGCCGCAGUACGAUCCAACGGAGGACCCGGUUUUAAACGACUUCCGGAGAGAAACAAUGUUCCACAGACAAGCACAGGGUGCCGUUAUGGACGGCAUCGCUAGAUUAAAGAAGCUCGGAAUACCGACGACAAGGCCUGACGAUUAUUUCGCUGAGAUGGCAAAGUCCGACGCCCACAUGCACAAAGUCAGGGAGAACUUAUUGAGGAAGCAAAUGAUUGUUCAGAGAUCGGAGAAGGUCAGGCAGUUGAGACAGCAGAGGAAAGUAGGCAAGCAAAUGCAGAUAGAAGCCACUUUGAAGAAGCACGCAGAGAAGAGGAAAAUGUUAGAAGAAGUGAAAAAGUAUAGAAAAGGCGUGAGGAAGGAUUUAGAUUUCCUCGACGAUAAGAAAAAGCCACAGAGUAAUAAAAAGGCGAUAGAAAAGCGUAAAAUGAGGGAUACUAAAUAUGGUUUCGGUGGGAAGAAGCGUGGGAGUAAGAUGAAUACGAGAACGAGUUCGGCGGAUGUUUCGGAGUACCAGAGGCCAGGGAAGGAUUUGAAGAAGGGAGGAAGAGGUUCGAAGCCAGGGAGUGAUUUCAAGGGCGGGAGGAAUUCGAGACCAGGGAGUGAUUUCAAGGGUGGGAGGACUUCUAGAUCGGGGAAGAAUUUGAAGAAGGGAGGGAAAGCUAAGCAGAGAGUAGGCAAGAGUCGUAGAGUACAGAUGAAAGCGAAAAAGAGACGGCAAUAAGAAUUAAUUUAAUUAAAAUAUAUUCUUAUUAAUAAAACGUCUGAUACAUUUUGUAUAAUAAAUCUGAAUAAAAUAAGUCACCUGGAUGUUCGCCUUCCUGUCGAUUCCCGGACUGUUGUCCGCGUUUGACAGCGGAAUUUGAACAACUGCGAACGUGACAAAAGAAUUUUCGUCGCGUACGUAACAACGUUCAAACGCGUGGAAUA